AUGUCAGGCUCCCGCAACCGGCUCACAUCCGGUGAGGGUAUCAGGUCCUGGGUCCAGUCUGUCCGUGUGGCCAGGAGCGAGCUCGGCCAGACCCUCCACACCUGCCACCGGGCAUCCAGCUGUGACCAGGGUGUGGCUGACUGUGGGGCUCCCACUCAGGGAAGCCUCACCUCAUCUCACCUCACCUCAUCCUCACCUCAUCUCACCUCACCUCAUCCUCACCUCACUUCAUCCUCACCUCACCUCAUCCUCACCUCACUUCAUCUCACCUCAUCCUCGCCUGACCUCAACUCAUUCUCACCUCACCUCAUCCUCACCUCACCUCAUCCUCACCUCAUCUCACCUCACCUCAUCCUCACCUCAUCUCACCUCACCUCAUCCUCACCUCACUUCAUCCUCACCUCACCUCAUCCUCACCUCACUUCAUCUCACCUCAUCCUCGCCUCACCUCAUCCUCACCUCAUCUCACCUCAGCCUCACCUCAUCUCACCUCAGCCUCACCUCACCUCACCUCAUCCUCACCUCAUCUCACCUCAGCCUCACCUCAUCUCAACUCAUUCUCACCUCACCUCAUCCUCACCUCACCUCAUCCUCACCUCACUUAUCUCACCUCAUCCUCGCCUCACCUCAUCCUCACCUCAUCUCACCUCAGCCUCACCUCAUCUCAACUCAUUCUCACCUCACCUCAUCCUCACCUCACCUCAUCCUCACCUCAUCUCACCUCACCUCAUCCUCACCUCACCUCAUCCUCACCUCACUUCAUCUCACCUCAUCCUCGCCUCACCUCAUCCUCACCUCAUCUCACCUCAGCCUCACCUCAUCUCAACUCAUUCUCACCUCACCUCAUCCUCACCUCACCUCACCUCAUCCUCACCUCAUCUCACCUCAGCCUCACCUCACCUCACCUCAUCCUCACCUCACCUCAUCCUCAUCUCACUUCACCUCAUCCUCAUCCUCAUCUCACCUCACCUCAUCCUCACCUCAUCCUCACCCCAAGCUCACACAUGA